CCUAGCUCACUGGUUACCACUUUUACUGUUUCCAUGUGACUCCCUGAAAUUCCACACUGCUUUCCCUUCCCUUGCCUGCUUGCUUUCCCCCGAGAUUCUUUCCUCUCCGCAGUGCGCAGCUUCCUUCUCCCAUGGCAGCCUCCAGAUUCGUCAGCGGGCGCCCGGCGGCGAGGUGAGCAGCAGCGACGACGCCGGCGAGCACGCGUCCAGCUUGAGCGAGCGGCAAGAAGCUGCUGUCCUCCAUAAAAAAAUUCCUGUCUACUCCACUUGCAAAAUAUGGAAGAGUAGUGGCCGUCUCCUCAGCUCCAGAUCUGCGUACAUCGUCGUGUUUCGUGGGCCGUGGAGAACAGAGCUUCCACAAUCUUAUUCCUACUCUGGCCACUGCUCAAGGAUCUGCUGCCCUCCACCCAUAAUAAUUUUUCUGACAACCCGUUUCCCUCAGCUCCAUAUCUGCGGCCAUCGUCGUCUUUCGUGGAGAACAGAGCUUCGACCAUCUUACUCCAACUCUGGCCACUGCUCAAGGGAUAUAUCUAGUUAUAUUAAUCUUCAUACAUACUGCAGGUGCACAAGGCAACAUGCAUGUAAGCAGAAGCAAGUAUGACUAAUUAACUAGCUAGUGAGCCAGAAAAGGCAAUUCACUAAUUAAAGAGAUGGCAGGAAUCAUGAUCAGCGCUUCAACCGGCGCCAUGAACUCCCUCCUCGGCAAGCUGGCCACCCUCAUGGGGGAGGAGUUCGCCAAGCUCAAGAACCUACGCAAGGAAGUGAAGUUCAUCAGGGAUGAGCUUGGCAGCAUGAAGGAUACUCUCGAGGUGCUCGGAGAUGUGGACAAGCUAGACCCCCAGACCAAGAGCUGGAGGGACACGCUAAGGGAGAUGUCUUACGACAUUGAAGAUAUCAUCGACGACUUUAUGCAUCACAUUGGGAAGAAAAGUGAAUCCCAAGAGCAUGGGUUUGCCAAGAAGACGGUUCGACUCCUAAAAAAGUUGAGAGUCCGCCAUCAGAUCGCUGGUCGGAUCAAGGAGAUCAAGGCACUUGUGCUUGAGAUAAGUGUGCGGCGCCAACGGUACAAGCUUGACAUUCCUCAAUCAAGAACUGUGGAAAUUGACCCACGAGUUGCAGUACUCUAUGAAAAUGCAGCCAAUCUUGUUGGUGUGGAAGGGCCAGUGGAGGAGCUUGAAAGCCUGCUAAAAGAUGAGAACGAGGAAUUCAAGGUGGUGUCGAUUGUGGGAUUUGGAGGUCUAGGCAAAACAACACUUGCCAAUGUGGUAUAUGGUAAGCUGAAGAAAAGUUUUUCGCACUGUGCUUUUGUGCCAGUCUCUCAGAAGCCAGAUAUCACAAAACUUCUCCAUGGUUUAAUGUCUCAACUUGGGUGUACACCAUCUUCUCAUCAUUACGAGUUAAAUGUCCUUCUGGACCGACUUAGGGAACAUCUACAAAAUAAGAGGUACUUUGUAAUAAUUGAUGAUAUAUGGGAUGUAUCAGCCUGGAAAGUUAUUAAAUGUGCUUUCCCAGAAAAUGAUCUUGGCAGCAGAGUAAUAGUAACUACAAGAAGUCUAGAAGUUGCUACGGCGUGUUGCUCCCUUCCCCAUGAUUACGUUUUACAAAUGAAGACUCUUAGCAACGAAGACUCAAGAAGGUUAUUUUUUGGUAGAAUAUUUGGCACAGAAGACGCUUGCCCUAACCAACUCAGAGAUGUUUCCGUUGAAAUCCUCAAAAAAUGUGGUGGCUUGCCUCUUGCAAUUAUUAGCAUAGCAGGCCUGCUAGCGAGUGAAGGUCCCAACAGAGAGGAGUGGGAACAUGUACGGAAAUCUUUGGGCUCAAUGUAUGGGGCAAAACUCACACUAGAUAGGAUGAGAGAAAUCUUGAACCUCAGCUACAAAGACCUUCCAUGUCAUCUGAAGACAUGCUUGUUAUAUGUUGGUAUGUAUCCGGAGGACUACACAAUAAAGAGGUCGGAUCUGGAACGCCAAUGGAUGGCGGAAGGUUUUGUUAGUAAAGAAAAUGGACAAGACAUGGAGAAAAUUGCUAGAAACUAUUUCAAUGAGCUUGUCAAUAGGAGCCUUGUUCAACCCGUAAGAUUUGACGGCAGUGGGUCGGUGACAGAAUGCAAAGUACACGAUAUGAUGCUCGAUCUUAUCCUGUGUAAGUGUGCAGAAGAGAAUUUUCUCACUGUAGUGGAUGGUUCGCAAGACAAUACAACACAGAAAUACAAGGUCCGUCGGCUGUCUAUUCGCUUGAAUGGUGCAGCUAAUGCAACAUUAUUACAGGGGAAAAUUAGUUUGUCACAGGUUCGGUCCGUUAUGAUCUUUGGAUGGUCUAAUAUUAUACCUCCUCUGUCAAAUUUCAAAUUCCUCCGAGUUCUUUUUGUCGAGGAUUACAGGACAAUCGACCUCACUGGGAUGAGCGAACUAUAUCAGCUAAGAUAUAUACAGAUUGAUGGCACUCGUGAUUAUGUACACAUACCAACACAGAUUGGAGGGCUCCAACAAUUAGAAACAUUUGAUAUACGUCGUUGUGCUAGUGUUCCAUCAAAUGUAGUUCAUUUGCCACGCCUGUUACAUCUGCGUAUUGAACAUGAUAGAGGGCUGCCUGAUGGGAUUGGCAAAAUGAAAUACCUGAGAUCUCUUGAUGGUUUUAAUUUAUCAGUAAACUCACUAGACAACUUCAUUGGCCUUGGAGAGCUGACCAAUAUAAGAGAUCUAACUCUCACCGGAAACAUGGUGAGACAUACGGAUGUUCUAUGCUCUUCUUUGAGAAAACUUUGUAGCCUCGAGUUCCUGUACAUAUGUACCGACGGAUGCAUGGAUGGCUUGUCUCCUCCUUGCAGCCUUCAAAUCCUCGCCACAAGCUGGUUACCAUGGGGUUGUUGGUUUUCCAGGGUCCCUAACUGGAUGAGGGAACUUCAUAACCUGCGUGUGUUGCGAUUCAAAGUUGAUGAGCUGCUCACGGAGGAUGUUGAUAUUGUUGGGGGGUUGCCAUCCCUCACAGACCUUAUUUUGUAUGUACGAAGACCCCGAAAAGAAAUGAUUGCAAUCAAUGGAACAGGAGCAUUCCCUGUUCUCAAACGCUUUGGACUCACCAUCAGUAGCCCAUCGUGCCUGACAUUUCAGUCUGGGGCAAUGCCCAUGCUCCAGGGCCUCUAUUUAACUUUCGGCGUCAAAGGAUGGAAGCAGAACGGGGCUGGACCAGCCGGCAUCGAGCACUUGCCUGCACUCGAAGAGGUGUCUGCAGAACUCCUCUACAAUGGUACUACAGAAUCUGAAAAAUGCAGCGCUGAAUCUGCCUUUAGGAAUGCUGUCGACAGGCAUCCCAACAAUCCUCGCAUCGCUAUGAAAUAUCGAUGCCAAUAUCUGUUAACUGGGAUAGGUUUGUGAGGACUGAACAACGGAAUGCUGAAUGCAGAUGGAGAGGGACUGCUGUUUCUCCCAGCUGGAAGACUGAGCUACAAGUCUUCGCUUCCUUUGCCACCUAAUUCCAUUUACCCAUUGUGAACAUUCAGUUCAUUAUCUCACAGGGUUGUGCUCCGUUACCAUUUGAGAUGUUGAUCAUGCUUUGAUUAUGCUUGUAAUAAAUAAGGCUUGGUGCUGGGCAGAAGUUUGCACUGAUAGAUGGCGCUUUGCUCCUUCCUGCCAGCUUUUCCAGCCUCUCGAUUAUCUUGUUCUUCUAUUUUGGUGUGCUUACUUUGUAUUGAAGUCAACUUUCCUGU